AUGGCGGUGACGAUGGGAACUGUACUUGCGUUGUUUGUGCUGUAUUUGUACCAAACCGGGGCAGUAAGCUAUGUGAACGACAGCACGUAUUGUCACGUCGAGUCUCUACGUUCGUGUUUAUGCCAGUUACAUGAAGCCAGUCUUCACAUCGAGUGCCAUAAUGCGUCUCUACGAGCUAUCCCGUCGGACGUUCCCAACAACACGAAGACAAUGUACAUCGAACACGAUGACAUUCCUGUUUUGGGACAAAGUUCUUUUUCGGAUCUUCGGGAACUACGUAUUUUGGACAUGCCUAAGAACCGAGUUGGACGGAUUGAUGUGGGUGCUUUCAACGGUCUAGUGUCGUUAACUCAAUUAAAUCUGGUGGAGAAUAACAUAGCCGACCUUGAAGUAGGUACCUUUCAAGGACUACCUAGUUUACGUUCGCUUGAACUGUCGAAGAACAGAAUACGGCAUAUUCCCGUCGGAUUAUUCUUAGAUUUGAAGGAACUAACACACCUACAUCUAGAAGGAAACCUGAUAUCGAAUUUCGAGCGAGGAGCGUUCGAUGGAUUGAUAAACAUUGAAUCGAUAAUGAUUAACCGGAACUCUUUAUCAGACGUCCCGACCUCCGCGUUGAGUACAAUACCUGGCGACACAUUGCUUACUUUAUUUCUUCACGAUAAUCGCAUCGCAAACGUGAAGAAGCUCGCAUUUAAUACAGAUAGUCUCAAAAACUUGGAGAUGCUCAGUUUAAAUAACAACGCCAUUGCAUCAUUAGACAAGGCCGCAUUUAUGGGUCUCUCGCUCUUCACUAUGGACUUGACGGGCAAUCAGAUACAAUAUUUAGGCAAAGAUGUGUUCAAAGACCUUUUCCGCGAACCGUUCGGCGAUCAUUUACCAACCCUGACUCUAAAUUCGAACCCGCUAUUGUGUGAUUGCCAAAUGGCGCCAUUUCUCAACUGGGUAAACAGUACGAACGUUGUUAUUAAUGGCAAGUGUUUCAACCCUAUUCAUAUGAGAGGUACAAAUCUAACGGAAGUGACGUCAUCCGAUUUGAGGUGCCGGGUUGAUCUGAUACGUCCGCCGAGAAAUAGAACAAUCAAUAUUGGAUUUAGCGAUCUAGUUUGCUGUGAAAUAAAGUCCCCGCAGGAUAACCCCAAGAUACGCUGGUUUGGACCCGACGGUUCUUAUCUUGUGGAAGACCCCUGUCUCUUGGUAAACAUGACGUCAGAGAAAGAAUCCGGGUUUUACACGUGCGUUGCCCUGGGUGAUGGAAUUUACGGUGAAACUACUAUCGCCAUCUCCGUCCCCACCCCAGCUCCUCCGAAAGAUACAUCAACCACGCCACCAGCGAUGAAUCAACAUCGCACUAAAACGACGAUAACUGGUUCAUCAGUUAUGACGGAUCAACGUAUGGGGAAUGUGACAGGAACCUCAACAGCGCCAUCGUCCUCAGCUCCACGGUCUUCUAAAGGAUAUAAUGUGCUAUUUAUCAUGUUCAUUUGUGUAAGCGUGCUCUUAUUAAUUAUUACACUAGCGAGUAUAACGUAUUGCAUCCGGUACAGACGGCGGAAGAAGCAAAAACCACGUGAUACCGUGAUGCGGUCGACGUCUGUCAUGUAUUCGCCGAUGGACGGUGACACGGUGCAUAUGAAUACAGUAUUCAACUCGAAGCAAAAAUACACAAAAAUACCAGCAGAAUUGUGAAGUAAUCGUCUGAGAUGUGACAUAAUGUCCGGAAAACAACUGCUCAGUGUUAGACUACAUGUAUACUGAGUCAUUGAAUUAUUUGUGACAACAUCAGCAUCGUGCUACUGAUGUUUAAUUCACUUUUUUAUUUAAAUAUACAAUUAUCAAAAUACUCCAUCGUUUUUCUGUGCCGGUAGCAGGGCACUCAAGACUAUUGUAUUCAAAGUUCAUGUACCAAUCGUAUCGACCAUGUUAGAAAGUAAAUUGUACAUUUCACGUGUCGCGUGACAUCCGGGGAAUUGACACCAACUGUAACUGUAGCGACCACCAACCUACGAUGCAACUAGUAUUGUCAGUGGGAGAUGGUGUUUGGUUUAAUCAGAGCUAUGACCAAGAGCCAGUUUGUCGUAGCAACCACUAUAAUUAUAAAUGUAGUGAAAUUGUUAUUUUCAAAUCCUGGUUGCUUCGGUGCUAUUUAAAGUUUAUAUCUACAUUUACUUCUAAGAAACACGUACCAAUUUUUUGAUAGUUUCCAUGUAAUACUGACUGUUAUUAUUAUUAUUGCUGUAAGAGAGAGAGAGAAGAGGAUACGCAACUUUCUGUGCAUUUGGUAAUAUCGAACACGACGCGAGUCGAUAAAUGUAACGUCUUAGGGAACACACAAGCCGAUGUAAGAAACCGUAGUAUCGCCAUAUUAGGUAGUAGAUAUAUCAUCGAAAUAUCGUCUUGGCUUGAAAAGAAACAGACCUGUAUAUACUAGUAACUAAAUAUGCAACAACCGCUUAGAGAUUAGAAACAGUGCCACCGUCGCCAGAGACUAGAAUUAAAAUUGAUGUUUUAUUUGAAGCAUUAGAGAAGAACCAAAAAGUCGAAAUUAUCACCGAUGAUCUCGCAUGAUGUAUCAAGUUUAAUUAUUAAUUUGUAUACACGCCGAAUACUAGACACUGUAUAAAUAAUACUUGCAUACGUAUAAAACUAGUCCGGCGACUAUUACGUCAUUCACCAAUCUGAUUAAAAUCCCAUAUAUGUAUAGGCUCUAUUUUUAAAGUGUUUAAUUGCCGUAUUACUUUUGUUCGUCCACUUCUUUUUUUUCGUUAACCGAGAUAUUAUAUACAAAAAAAAAAAAAUGGAAAAUUAUCAAUCCAAAUGAAUUGAUGUAGAUGAACGAAAAUGAAAAGCAAAUAAAAUAUGACAGCUAAAACAUAUCCUUUAUAUCUAUAUCGAUUUCUUAUCAGAUCAGACUUAUUCUAAUCAUCCUGAAUUGAGGGAUGGCUGCGACACUGGCACCAGCGAUUGAUCAUAAUGAAUUGAAUUUGAUAUCCAACACAUUUUGAAUUCAUUGUCAUUUGUAUUUACACUUUCAGCUUUACUUUUAUUUGAAACAGAAAUUUGUUAAAAUUAUACAAAUAUUUGAGUAAAUUUAACAAUUUUAGAUUUCAAUCACUUCUUGCUACCAUUUUGUUAUUAUUACGUAUGUAUUGAAACAAUAAGCCGCAGAAACCAGUAAAUAUGGAAAUUAUAAUAA